GAGAAACCUUUUGAAUGUUCAGUGUGUGGAAAGAGAUUCAGUCAGAGUGGCAGUCUUCAACAGCAUCAGAGAACCCACACAGUGGAGAAGCCUUUUGAAUGCUCGGAGUGUGGAAAGAGAUUCAGUCAGAGUGGCAAUCUUCAAAAGCAUCAGCGUAUCCACACAGGAGAAAAGCCUUUAGAAUGCUCAGUGUGUAGAAAGAGAUUCAGUGAGAGUGGCCAUCUUCAAAAGCAUCAGAGAACCCACACAGGGGAGAAGCCUUUUGAAUGCUCAGAGUGUGGAAAGAGAUUCAGUCAGAGUGGCCAUCUUCAAUAUCAUCAGAGGAUACACACUGGGGAGAAGCCUUUUGAAUGCUCCGAGUGUGGAAAGAGAUUUAGUAUGAGUGGCAAUCUUCAAAAGCAUCAGAGAACCCACACAGGAGAGAAGCCUUUUGAAUGCUCAGUGUGUGGAAAGAGAUUCAGUUGCAGUGGCAGUCUUCAAAAGCAUCGGAGAACCCACACAGGUGAGAAGCCUUUUGAAUGCUCAGAGUGUGGAAAGAGAUUUAGGACGAGUGGCAAUCUUCAAUAUCAUCAGAGGACACACACAGGGGAGAAGCCUUUUGAGUGCUCAGUGUGUGGAAAAAGAUUCAAUCGGAGUGGCAAUCUUCAAGAGCAUCAAAAGACACACACAGGGGAGAAGCCUUUUGAAUGCUCAGAGUGUGGAAAGAGAUUCAGUCGGAGUGGCCAUCUUCAGUAUCAUCAGAGAACCCACACAGGGGAGAAACCUUUUGAAUGUUUGGAGUGUGGAAAGAGAUUUAGAAUGAGUGGCGAUCUUCAAAAGCAUCAGAGAACCCACACAGGGGAGAAGCCUUUUGAAUGCUCAGUGUGUGGAAAAAGAUUCAGUCGGAGUGGCAAUCUUCAAUAUCAUCAGACAACCCACACAGGGGAGAAGCCUUUUGAAUGCUCAGAGUGUGGAAAGAGAUUUAGUACGAGUGGCAGUCUUCAAAGGCAUCAGAGAAUCCACACAGGAGAGAAGCCUUUUGAAUGCUUAGUGUGUGGAAGGAGAUUCAGUAUGAGUGGACAUCUUCAAACGCAUCAGAGAACCCACACAGGAGAGAAGCCUUUUGAAUGCUCAGUGUGUGGAAAGAGAUUCAUUACGAGUGAUCAUCUUCAAAAGCACCAGAGAACCCACACAGGGGAGAAGCCUUUUGAAUGCUCAGUGUGUGGAAAGAGAUUCACUGAGAAUGGCAGUCUUCAAACGCAUCAGAGAACCCACACAGGGGAGAAGCCUUUUGAAUGCUCAGUGUGUGGAAAGAGAUUCAAUGAGAAUGGCAAUCUUCAAACGCAUCAGAGAACCCACACAGGGGAGAAGCCUUUUGAAUGCUCUGUGUGUGGAAAGAGAUUCAGUCAGAGUGGCAGUCUUCAAAAGCAUCAGAGAACCCACACAGGGGAGAAGCCUUUUGAAUGCUCAGUGUGUGGAAAGAGAUUCAGUCAGAAUGGCAUUCUUAAAACGCAUCAGAGAACCCACACAGGGGAGAAGCCUUUUGAAUGCUUAGUGUGUGGAAAGAGAUUCAGUAUGAGUGGACAUCUUCAAACGCAUCAGAGAACCCACACAGGAGAGAAGCCUUUUGAAUGCUCAGUGUGUGGAAAGAGAUUCAGUAUGAGUGGACAUCUUCAAACGCAUCAGAGAACCCACACAGGAGAGAAGCCUUUUGAAUGCUCAGUGUGUGGAAAGAGAUUCAGUAUGAGUGGACAUCUUCAAACGCAUCAGAGAACCCACACAGGAGAGAAGCCUUUUGAAUGCUCAGUGUGUGGAAAGAGAUUCAGUGAGAGUGGCAGUCUUCAAAGGCAUCAGAGAACCCACACAGGGGAGAAGCCUUUUGAAUGCUCAGUGUGUGGAAAGAGAUUCAGUCAGAGUGGCAGUCUUCAAAAGCAUCAGAGAACCCACACAGGGGAGAAGCCUUUUGAAUGCUCAGUGUGUGGAAAGAGAUUCAGUGAGAAUGUCAGUCUUCAAAGGCAUCAGAGAACCCACACAGGGGAGAAGCCUUUUGAAUGCUCAGUGUGUGGAAAGAGAUUCAGUGAGAGUGGCAGUCUUCAAAGGCAUCAGAGAACCCACACAGGA